AUGGCGGCCAGGAAGAUGUGCACCAAAAAUAAGAAGGAAACUGCGGAGUGGACAGGGUUAUUUCAAAGUGACCUAAAUAGCAAACAGGCGUCCCUCAUCUUUGUGAAGAGGAUGAUGGCUGUGGCCGUCUCCUCCAUCACUUACCUCAGGGGGAUUUUCCCAGAGGUGGCCUACAGAUCCAGAUAUCUGGAAGAUUUGUGCAUCAAGGUUUUGCGAGAAGACUGCAGCACUCCCGGUGCCAACAAAGUUGUGAAAUGGUUGAUGGGCUGCUUUGAUGCUUUAGAGAAGCAAUAUCUCCAGAUUGUGUUCAUUGGGGUGUACACCAAGCCACAUCAUCCCAAUUGUGUUGUUGAGUCCUACCAGUUCAAAUUCAAAUAUACUGAGAAAGGACCAGAGAUGGAUGUCCUCAGGUGGAGACACAUUCUGUUCUUGUUAAAGUCAGAUAUUUAAAAUGUCCACAAAUGGCUGAAAUGAUGGUUGCCUUGCAGGAACAAUGAUGUGAAGAUGCAGGUCACACUGGAGGACACUAAGAGAGCCUCUGUGUUGCUCAUCAGGAAGCUCUUCUUGCUGAUGCAGAACUUGGGUUCUCUCCCCAAUAAUGUCUACCUCACCAUGAAGCUCUACUACUAUGAUGACAUCACCCCUGCUGACUAUGAACCACCAGGCUUCAAGGAGGGGGAGUGUGACAGCCUGUGGUUUGAAGGCAUGGCCGUGCACUUUAGGGUUGGCGAGGUGCAGACGCCAUUCCACACCUUGAAAGUCAAUGUUUCAGCAGAACAGGGCCGUCUGGAGAAACUUCAGGACGGAAACCAUCUGAGGGAGAGCAAGGUCCACACAGAGAAACCUCCAAAAGAGGACAAAGCAAUCACGGUGAGUCCAGAAGUAGAUGAUCUGAUGUGAGG